AUGGCUGUAGAAAGUAUGCUUCCAAAUAAAAUGAAACGCCAUUUGGAGACAGUUCAUGGAAAUUUGGUGAACAAACCACGUGAUUAUUUCGUAUCAAAAUUAAAAGCUAUGGCUCAACAAAAACAUAUUUUUACAAAACAAGCUACAAUUCCUUCUAAAGCACUACUUUCUUCCUAUAAAGUAGCUUGGCGAAUAGCAAAGAGUAAAAAACCUCAUACUAUCGCUGAAAAUCUAAUUUUACCAGCCGCUAUGGAUAUGGUGUCUAUUAUGAUUGGGGAUGCUGCUGCUAAACAACUUCAAAAUGUGCCAUUAUCAGAUAAUACUAUUAGUCGUAGAAUACAAGAUAUGGCUGAAGACAUCAAUGAUCAAUUAAUUGAAAAACUAAUAGGAAAUGACUUCGCCAUUCAACUGGAUGACCUAACCGUUAGGUAG